CAUACGUUUUUCCUGGCCCGUUUAUCAUUAUUCGACGGGGGCUUGUUUUCUUUGCCUCCGGCCAGGGGCCUGUUUUUUAAAGCUUAUCGUACCUCGGCAUUAGGGCCGGGGCUUGGACCUUAACUGGUAUGAGAGUGCAAUCGUCCUUGUAUUUGUCUCCGGAAUCCACGCCCAAGGGUCCCUGCCUCAAUUCAACGUUGACCCAGAUUUGGUGUCGGUUUCGGGCAUUUCCUCGGGCGCGUACUUUGCCACUCAGUUCCACGUGGCUUAUUCCAUGUCCGUCCAGGGGUGUGGCCUAUGGGCUGGCGGACCCGAUCUUUGUUAUGCUAGGGACGGACUUCUUUGUAUGACCACACCCUCGGUGGUGGUGGUGAGCAUCCUCACUUUGGACGCCGAAACUCUUGGCUCCUUGGGACGAAUUGAUGAUACCUCGCAUCUUCAAAAUGAUAGAGUGUACAUUUUUCAUGGAACAGAAGAUGAAACCGUCCAAGUUUCGUCGGCCUCGAAAGUGGAACAAUUCUACAAUCACUUCUUGGCCAACCCCGAAAGUCAAUUGAAGCUAAAGAACGACUUGCCAGCGUCUCAUGCCGUGGUUUCUGAUCAUGCUGGGACACCUUGUGGUGUAACGGACAAAUUCUAUAUUCAAAAUUGUGACUUUGACAGCGUCUAUGCCAUGCUGAACCAUUUGAUUGGGGAUUUAUCACCACCAACGGCGCCUGGAACAAUGCAAGGGCGAUUGGUUGAGUUCGAUCAAAACGAGUUCUUCGAGGGUAAUGCCAAGGGUGCCAGUAUGGAUGAGACGGGCUUCGUUUACAUUCCCCCUGCUUGCGAGGAUGGGUCCGUUCAGUGCAACUUCCACAUUUUCUUCCAUGGUUGUUCGAUGCAAUUUGAAGAAAUCGGAACGGAAUUCAUUCGAAGGGCGGGCUUUAUUGAGGUGGCAGAUGCCAAUAACCUUGUCAUUCUUUUCCCACAGACCAUUGCUCGAACCCUUACGGGUAACCCGUACGGUUGCUGGAAUUGGUUUGGAUAUCUCAAUGACCUCUUGUACGAAGAGUAUGCUACCAAAAAUGCCAAACAAAUGAAAGGCGUCUACCAAAUGCUAACUAAAGUCACUGGACUUUAAUUUGCGAUAACAUCAUACAUAAAGAUUAACGUAAGAGCAUGCGAUACACGUCUUUAAAAGAAUAAUGAUUGUUUGCGUCACAUUGUAA